CGUCAACGUCUGCUACAGCGCAACUCGAAGUCGGUACUUCCUCGAACAGCAGCUUUGCAUGUGUCAAGCGAAAUUUAGAAAGCUCCGUCGGUACGUGCAACCUCCAGAAAUUUCGUUCGGUCCGUGAAACUCGAAUAAAAAGAAAGUCCAAAAAAAUUUCGGUGGUCCUUCGUGCAGAGAUCUGUAUAGAUUUUCGUUUCAUCGUACAACCUGUUGCCCAACUCGUACUUCGUGCUACGUACGCCUUACCUGCUAUUGAGCAGCAUUUUGGAGUAGAUUAAAAACCGUUUGUCUUCUUGCCUUAAUACUUCACAGGACCUCAUUUCACAUUUUCACCCAAUAAUUUUUUCGUACAUUACAUUAGUUCCACAUCUUCAUGCGAUUCGAUUUGAUCCAGGGGGGCGCUCCCCCCUUCUUUGCAAGACCAUUGCUUUACCCUAAUCGGUGAGGUUAUCUCAACAGACAUGACCAAGCUUUUACAUUACUCUGCUCUACUAUUCUAAUUCAUUUCUCAUUCGUGCCUUAAUGCACAGUUUGUUUCCCAUUCUGAAGAUGACGGAUCCUGCAACCACCGCAAGUACCACCGCCGCACCGGCGCAGAAUCAAGACACAACCACCACAAAUAAGCCACGGAUGGACCGCGGUUUCACGACGAUGCGGAUGAAUUCGAUCGUGUCUGUCCUUCGCCUGGCCGCGCCAAGAUUCGGGUCCUCGCAGGCGAGCACGUACCAGGUGACUCCACCGAAUGGAGGUCAUCAACAUGGAAAUAAGAAGACGAAAGUGAGGAAAGGAGGCACACAUCACGGGCAGCCGCAUGGAUCAUCCAAGAAGGGACAUCAAGAAGAAUCCUCAGCCAACCCGAUCGCUUGUGCGUACAAUCUCGUCGCCAAAUUUUUCUCACUCUUUUAUCUUCCUUCCGGCGGCCACGCGGAGGUGGUGGAUGAGGAAGACGGGAUGAAUCAACCCUGGUAUCAAUGCGACGAGCAAAGUCUGGUGUACAAGCAGGCGGACACGUUGGAGUUGAGUUUCAGCCAGGCCAGCUACCCGUCGCUGUUACUCGAUUUGCUGCUCGCGAUCGCGUUCGGGUUUCUGCUCGGGGGGGUUUGGUCUGGGUAUUUGUUUGUAUCAACCAGUGUGCACUACAUCAUCGACGACUUCAUUUACGGGUACUUGGACACGAGAAACUCUUUCGUCUACUACCUCCACUGGGUGUUCUUAUCGACCCUCUCCACCGGCAUCGCAGUGUUCACGACCUACCGGUACUUGCCGCAUUGUAUCGGCGACGGCGUGACGCAACUCUACGUCUCGCUGGCGAUAAAAUGCAGCGUCCCGAUGCACGUGGUGCUGUACCGGACGUUGCUUUGCCCUCUCUUCAUCGCCCUGGGUUCCCCACUAGAUCUCGAGUCCCCCUUCCGCCAAGUUUCUGCCGCGUUGGGCUGCGCCGCGGUGCGGUUUCAACGGAAGUUUUUCGGAAAGCCGUUUUCCCGGGACGGGUACCCCGUGUGGGCGAUCACGGGCAACGCGAGUUCCGUCGGGUGCGUGCUCGGGUCACCUCUGGCCGGCUGUGUGUUCGCGAUCGAGCAGAUGCUGAACUUGCGGUCCGUCGCUUCUUAUGGAAUGCAAAUAUGUCUGGGUCUGGAAGGAUGCGAACUUGUGAUGCGCAUUUCACAACACACGCAAGUCUCUCAUGCAGAGGCAGCAAAAGAUGCCCACUUCCUGUCACCAAAAUGGGGGAUUUGUCAUGCGGAUUAGGCAAUGCGGAAGCUUCUCGAAAUCUGUGAUGCUAGGGCUUCCAUGACAGACAUUCUGUGUCAUGCAAAAACAGCAUGACAAAAAUCUGCACUCUUCCAGACCCAGACAUUUUUGCAUUUGAUAUUUCUGCGUUUCUGCUGGUCGGGUGCUGCGCGAUCUGCGGAAGUUACGCCACCGAGAAGGUGACGGAUUAUCUGCACCGGGAAGUGCGCGAACAUUUCAGUCGGGACUGGAACUACCACACGAUCCAAGUCGAUGGGGAGUACACGUUAGUGGCGUUAUUCCUCGCCCUGGGCAUGGGGUUCAUGACGGCUUUCGUGGGUGGGUUUUUCACCAUCGGAGUGGAGAAACUCCAAUCCUUUUUCGCCGAAGCGGAGAUUCUGCAGGACCAACCGCUCCGACGGCAGUUGAUCGGCUUCCCAGUAGGGUUUCUCACAGGUUUACUCGGCGCGAUUUGCUACCACGUCGCCGACGUGCGAAGCGGGUGGAUGCCGGGGUAUGAUACGAUGGAGCAGAUCGCGACGCGGUACAGUUGCAACGAGCUGAAGGCAUUAAGCAACACCGAUUUGAACAAAGUCGCCUACAACAUCCGAACAACGGGGCAAGCGGUAACUGAUGAAGACAACUGUAUGGAAUUAGCGGAUUACGUCACUAUUUUCCUCACGAAGUUCCUUGCCUGCAUGCUGCUCUGCGCCAUCGAAGCGCCCGGCGGGAUGCUAAUACCGAGUUUGGUGUUGGGGUCGAGCUUCGGGGGCGUGACAAAAUCGAUUUUGGCGGAGAUAUUUCCGAGUGAUGUGGGGAUGUUUCGGAUCUGCGGGUUUCUGGGCAUGACGGGCAUUUUCGCGUCGAUCAUACGAGCGCCAGUGACCGGGCUGAUGCUGAUUUACUUUCUCUACGGUUCGGCAAGGGCCGGGUUUGUGGUCACGAUUACCAGUCCACUGUUGCUUUGCGGUAUAGUUUGUUGGUUUUUUUACUUCAUUUUGUACGGAAAAAUUUUAGAUCGAGCUUGAGUUUCUGAUGCAAAUAGUUCCAUGCGUGGGUGAGUUCCUGGGUGGUGUGUCUUAUAGGCAAAACGAAAACAAGUGCAAAAAUAUGAAAUCAUUGAAGUCCUCGACGAAUUCUACCAAAAAAACAGCCAUGACCUCCGCCGUGAUCUCCUUUUUCAUCCGCCCGGACGAGUGGCAUUUCGAGCUGUUGUUGAAAGCCGGCGUGCGGAUGGAAACGCUCUGGAAGAAGGGCGCGCACGCGCUCAUCGAGGUAAAGCACAUUCUCGAGGACAGCUGGCGCUGGAGCUACAUUCUGCAAGAAUCCAAGCAGUGGGAAAUGGAGUUGCAACACGAAGCGCUGCUGAAGUUGUUUGAACUCGUGAAGGACCCGGAAAGAACCCGGGAUUUACAAGACCACUUGGUCAACGGCGGCGGCGAGGCGGUGAUCGGAAAUGCCACAACGUCUGGGAGGGUGCUGUCCAAUUCCUUUUUCAACCAAGAAGUGUCGAACGCGCAGUCGAACGGGUCGGCGGCAUUAACAUUACCCCCACAAUCGUCCAACGGGCUGCACCAUCAUGGAUCUUCGUUACUGUCCAACGGAGGCAACAGCAGCUCAGUGAACGGCACAUCUACUUCCCCCUUCCGGAGAGGGGCGUCGGGUGAAGAGAUGAAGGAAACGAUGUCGCACAUGAUCUCGCAGCUGUCGCCCAUCGGCGGGGGAUCCAGCGCGCGUCUCCACGAUAGCAACUUCUCGGUGACCCCACUCGGGUACGCUUUGGUCUACUGCAACGAGUCGGCGGUUCAUUUAUUACUGUACAAGAAGGCGGACGCGUGCACUUUGUCCGGCGGGAAAUCACCCUUGGAAAUCGCAACCUCGAACCUACUCGUCGACAGCACCAGUCGGCUGAUCGCGUAUGGGGCGCAGGCGGAGUCGUUGAUAUCAUUGCUUACCGUAGCGUCGCAUUUGGCGGCUGACGUUUCGUUUUUGGAUUCGCAGAGCCGGGUGAAGGCGGUGUUAGAGGAGAAAAUGCCGGACAGUUUCGAAGAAACAACUACAACAGCCGAGGAAGAGGAUGAAGUAGAGCAGCCCGCGGACCAAGUCAUCAUGAACAUUUUACUCACCAGUUGCAGCCCGGAAUUUUUAGAAGAAACUAGACAAACCCUCGACGACCCGAAGAAGCUCGCGGAAGUUUUGGAGGAUCCGUCUUACGCGAACGGAAGUUCUUUACUUUCGCCAAAAGGGCAAGGUGCAGCUGCAGCAGGAGCAGCAGCUAACCCAGCUGCUCUAUCAGCUUCGAACAAUAGCAGCACGGAUAACAGUAGUCAAGCAACGCCCUUGGAAUUGCGACGGGAGGCGGCGAUAAGUCUGCUGAAGACUCUGAUUGACGCGAUUUUGGUCGCAGUGGAGGAGAAGAAGAACGUUAGACCGGUGAAAAUAAUAACAGGAUUGCGUUCAUCUGUGGACGUCGACAGCAGUAAUGCUCCUACGCCUGCGAUAAUAAAGGCGUCGAACUCCGAUUUCAAUUUCAUCAAAAACCCAUCCUCACCAUUAGCGAAGCGAACGGACAGCAAGGGGAACACGUAUGACAUCAGACUCUUCACGAAGGCCAUCGUGACGAAAGACCGGCAAGCCAACACGAAGUCGAUAAAAUCCGAAUAUCAGUGCGAGGACGAGGAUGUGCUCGCAACGAGCAGCGUCGAUAUCGAGAAGAUUUUGCAGGCAAACCUACCGGCUGGAAAAUCCUUCGAUUCCGUCUGGUCGCAAUUGGCGGCGGCGAGGGAGGUGGGAGUGGCGGUAUUAAAAACAGACGAAAAUGGGGUCGAAGUGGUAAACGCAGUAGAGGAGAGCAAGGAGGAACAAGAACAACCUGGUGUAGAGCAAGAAACCUCCCAAGUGCAACAACUACAAGCUACCACGACGGCCGCUGAAGGAGACGGCAAGAUUUUUACCCAGCUGGAGAAGCUGCAAAAACAGAUGGAGAACGGUCUGUGCGGUUUACGGUACUACCAGUCAAUAGUACACGUGGUCGCACCUACUAUGGACGAUAACACGAGCAACGCCAGAACAAGGGACGGCAGCGACAGCAAGGAAGCGGUUGGAACAACAACUACGAGGAUAUUAGGUGAAGAAGGGCCACCAGAGGAUGCGAAUAAAAAUCCUGCGGAAGGUGAAGGACGAACAACAGCACCUGACCACACCUCUCAACCCCCCGAGGACCAACUGCUUACAAGACAGCGCAGCGGGAACUCCAACUCUCGCACUGCGUCGAAACAACAAGCGGUACUAGAGAAAAAAUUAUGUCGCGUCGUGAGAUCGGCGAGGCUCGUGAUGCGCGGGAGAGCCGUCCGAGACGGCACGAAGAUGCUGGUGCAGGAAAGACGCGCGUGGGAUCCCCCCGCGGCGGGCUCCAGCGCGCGGAGACCAGGGGCACGGGCCAGAUUACCGGAGAUAUCCAUAGUCCAUCCCAACAUGACGGACGCGGAUGUGUUCCAUCUACUGCUCCAACGGAUCGGCCUCGGCCACUUCUCCGCGGAAAGGCUGCACGAGUGCUUUCCGGGUCCGUGGCGAAUGGAAUCGAUCCGAGAGUUUUACCCGGUGGAUGAUUCCUUCCCGGGCCUCGGCGGUUUCAUCCGCCAAUGCGACCAGUGGGUUAUAGACAUCGGCUACAUGCGACAAGCAACGGCGCUGCCAGUGUUGAGAAAUCAUUUCGCAGAAACCUUGAGCACAGCGAGGGAGUUGUUGCUGGCGCAGAAGGAGAACGCGGCUGCGGCGGCAGCCGCUAGUGGAGCUGCACCAGCUGCGAGCACACCAGCGUCAUCAGCAGCUGCCGGCGCUGCAACACCUGCAAGUAGUGCCACUGGGGUUUCCCCAACCGGUAUCAAAACAACGACAUUCAGCGUCUUCCGCGACCGGGACGACAUUUCGAAUUUCGCUCUGGGCCUACCGGUGUUGGAACCAUUCCUAGCGGAUGGAUUUGUGUUCCAAUGGCGCCACGAACCGACCGGAGCGGCGGCGAGGAAAGGGUCGUGAGUUGUCCCUUCUUUUAUGACAAUUAAUAUGCUCACACACUAAUUAAGCCAAAUUAGAACGAGAUCGACUUCCCCAUCACCAAUUUCCAACCCAACCUUUUUUUUCGAGAAGAUCAUUUUCAGAAGGAGCGACUCUAGAGUUCGUAUUUCAGAACAUUGGUAGCCUAUGUUACCUCAUAUUUUCCAACGUAUCUUCAGAGUCUCUUACUUCAUUUAGAUUUAACCCGAACUGUAUUUGAGAGGUUUUUAUCACAGUUCUGUAUUCCCCCGACGGAUUGUUGAAAUGGAUUCGUAACUACAAGUUUCUGCACUGAUAGAAAGUUCUCUGGAU